CUGCAGCCCGCGUGCUCCAGUGCGCACCCCGUGACACGAAGGAAGGAGCCACAGGAACGCCCUACUUGUGCAAGUGAGCCUCUUCUGGUCUGGGGCUUACAAUCCUGGUUUCAUGGUGAAGGUAGUUGCCCCUCACAUUUUUGACAGCCUUCUCAGAGAUGCAUUUGAGGGAGGGGACAAUUUUAAAGGAACCUGGAGGGAAACCAUCAACCACAGCCUGAAGACAUCCAUUUGGGAAUGACGUGUGAUUCCAAACCAGAGACUCUCUUCAAAAGGUAACCAUUGCAAUCAAGACACCAGAGCAAGGCCCGAGAGGCCGCUGGUGCCAAUGGCCACAGUGGACGGUGGUGACUUCCCUGAGCAGCCCAUCAAAGCCCGUGGUGGUGAAGAAGAUUCAGGGCAGAGGGAAACGACCACCACAAGAUGUGCGCCAGUUCCCAGAGAAGUGAAACGGAAGAGAAACCCGUCACCAAGAAAGGUCCAGACUUCUGCUCACUGCGCUACGGGGUGGCUCUCAUCAUGCACUUCUCCAACUUUACCCUGAUCACCCAGCGCGUGAGUCUGAGCAUCGCCAUCAUUGCCAUGGUGAACGGCUCUCAGCAGCUAGGUCCAGAGAACGCCUCCACCGAGGGGCCUUUGACAGACCCGCUUGGUGACCCCAGCACAUCCAUCAAGGAGUUGAAUUCACGGGCCUCUGUGUAUCAGUGGAGCCCCGAGACUCAGGGUGUCAUCUUCAGUUCCAUCAGCUACGGGCUGAUACUGACGCUGGUCCCAAGUGGAUACCUGGCGGGGAUAUUCAGUGCGAAGCACAUGCUGGGCGCAGGUUUGCUGAUCUCGUCCCUCCUCACUCUCUUUACUCCCCUGGCUGCUGACUGUGGAGUGAUACUGGUCAUUGCCGUUCGCACAGUCCAGGGCAUGGCCCAGGGGAUGGCGUGGACAGGUCAGUUUACAAUUUGGGCAAAAUGGGCACCUCCGCUUGAGCGAAGCAAGCUCACCAGCAUUGCGGGGUCAGGAGCAGCAUUUGGGUCUUUCAUCAUCCUUUGUGUGGGGGGAUUAAUAUCACAGGCAUUGGGCUGGCCUUUCAUCUUCUACAUCUUCGGUAGCACUGGCUGUGUCUGCUGUGUCCUGUGGUUCACUGUCAUUUAUGAUGACCCCAUGCGUCACCCAUGCAUAAGUGCCAGGGAAAAGGAACACAUCACGUCCUCACUGGCUCAGCAGUCCAGUUCUGCUAGAAGAUCUGUACCCAUAAAGGCUAUGGUCAGAUGUCUUCCACUUUGGGCCAUUUUCACGGGUUUUUUCAGCCAUUUCUGGUUGUGCACCAUAAUCAUAACAUACCUGCCGACAUACAUCAGUUCAGUGCUCCAUGUUAACAUCAGAGAUAGUGGCGUUCUGUCCUCCCUGCCUUUUGUUGCCGCCUCGAGCUGUACAAUUCUAGGAGGUCAGAUGGCAGACUUCCUUCUGUCCAGGAAUCUUCUCAGCCUAAUCACCGUGCGCAAGCUCUUUUCUUCCCUCGGGCUCCUCCUCCCAUCGCUGUGCGCCGUGGCUCUGCCCUUCGUUGCUUCCAGUCACAUUACGACCAUCAUUUUGCUGAUACUUAUUCCCGGAACCAGCAACCUGUGUGAUUCAGGGUUUAUCAUCAAUACUCUAGACGUGGCCCCCAGAUACGCAAGUUUCCUCAUGGGAAUAUCCAGGGGAUUCGGGCUCACGGCAGGAAUCAUCUCUUCCACUACCACCGGAUUCCUUAUCAGUCAGGAUUCUGAGUCUGGAUGGAGGAAUGUGUUUUUCCUGUCUGCUGCAGUCAACAUGGUUGGUCUGAUCUUUUAUCUCACAUUUGGACAAGCAGAAAUCCAGGACUGGGCCAAAGAAAGGACUCUCACCCGCUUCUGAGUAUAGAGUUGAAAACCUCAAUGUAUACUGAGGCCUAGCUCUGUAACAAAUUUUAUACCACCAUUUGUUCUUCAUAUUCCUGAGCGUUGACAUAGCUGGAUGCUACAUUUUCCUAAGGAGCCUCAAAAAUUAUAUCCCUUGGUCCCACUUCUGAGUGAAUUGGUCUGGAGUAGAGGCCAUGGGCAUGAAGUUUUCCAACAUGAAGCCACAGUUGACAACUAGUGGGAAAAUCUGAAGUCAAUUCUGUUGAACUUUCCUCUUUGCAAAGUAUAGGGUGAAUUUAAAAAAAUCUCCUUGAAAAUAAUCUAAUAAAUACUUUCAUGGGAAAAGUUAUGAACACAGAGAACUGGAAAUUGUAACCAUACGUGUUAAACUCAGUAUAGGGCAGAGUUUUAAACCUCUAAGCCAUAGAUUUAACUUUUUACUUUUUUAAUAUACUGUGAAAUAAGAUGUUUAUUUAUGUAAUUAAAUUCUAUUAAAAUGCAUGUGCUAACAUU